ACGACAUUGACUUCCCAAAUAAUGAAUGUAGAAUCAUAAGAUCUACUAAAUUCGUACAUUUUAGUAAAAUGACCCUCUCUAAAUUUCCUGUUCAAAAUGCCAAUCGUUCCAGAACUAACCCACGAGUUAAUAAACGAAAUCAAAGUAAGAGCAAACGUUAUUGGUGAUGAUACCGUAUACUUGGAUGCUCCUUUGAGGCCAGUCUUUGAUGAUUCCGAUCGGCUUUACAUCAAAAAGCCCAAAAUGGCUGAUUUCUACGACCUUAAUGUUGUUCCCCCAGAACUCAGAGGAAGACAUCAAGAAUGCAGAAGACGACGAUCGCCCAAGAAUUAGAAUCGAUCCGCGAUAUAAGAUCGUUCCGAGGGAACUUGAAAAGUACAGAAACCGAACGUUUCUAUUUAUAGUUACUCGACCAACAGCUCCAGAACCACCCAAAAUUGAACCUCCUCCAGAGCCAACACAUGUUAAAACAUUCCUGCCAAAACAAGAUGCUUUGGUGUAUCACUGCCAACCAAAUCCAAGAGGUGUUGUAAACGUUUUUAAAUCUUGUGCACUCAACGUUAGACAAUCAGCUCUUAAAGUUGAUAACGUUGAAAUUUCCAAAGCCAGUAACCUCGGAAGCAACUUGGAUUGCACUCAGACCUUCCAAAUUGAUAUUAAUAAAGAAAAUUGCAGGAGUAAAUUAAAAGCAGACAAUGAUGCUGAUAAGUUGCUAGCUCCACUGCUACGCGAAAUACAAAACUAUAACGUUCCAUUUAGUAAAGUAUCUGUGACGAAACGUAAGAAUAAGUGUCAAAAUACUUGUACGAAUUCAGAAGUGAUUCCAAAGGAACUUGAUCUGGUUUUGGGGCUUUACAAGAACAACAGCCAAGCUCCUCAGGAUUCCAAAGAUUCUUUGACAGACCUUAUUAGGUUUGUUAAUGGUGCUGAUACAACAGAAUGUCUUAGGGAAGACUGUGAUUCUUUAAAGGAUUUUGUUAGUGCAAAAAGAUGUCUUAGAGAGGACCCUUAUAGUUCAAAUCACACUCUUUAUAAUUGCAAGGUCAGUAAGAAGAACGUUAGUGUGUUAGGAGGUAAACAGAGCUCAAGAGUUCAUGAGAUUAAUGAACCAAAGAAAUCUGUCAACAUAUUCUAUUGCAAGAAAUGUAAAAAGUAUAAGAAUAUUGAUGAGCUUCGAAGAACUGAUUCAAUAAAAGUCAUUGGUUCCAGUAAGCAACGUGAAAAUACGCAGAUCUCUUUGCCUAACCUUAAAUAUUUGGAUCGUGCUAGAUCGAGUACAUACAAAGCUCCAUCCAGGCAGAUAUUUCCUUCAAAGUCAUCAUUCAGGUCUGUGGAUUCAUCUAAAGGGAUUUCCAGAAGUCAGAUUUAUAUGCAUAAUCCCAGUUUACAUCAGUUUUGUAAAAGUGUUAUUAGUUCUAUUAAUAAAUUAUCUGAGAAGUUGCCUUCAAGAUAAAAUUUUUUUUUUUUUACCAAAUGAGUGGGAGUUGAGGAUUAGGUCAUACAUUGAGGGUAUCUCUUCAGCAACUGGAUUUUAAUUUUAUACAUGCAUCACUAGUCGAAAAGGAACCAUAUAUAUAGAGUAAAAAGCUGAUUUAUUAAAUUUGUAUGAGUUCUUUGAGUGAUUUAAUAAAUACCUUGGUCUUGAGUGCCAUAAUAGGUGUCAAAAUCGCCUUGGCUUUCUUGGAGUCAGACUGUUCGAUAGACUACUAGUCAGGGAUUUCUUGAAUGUAAUAUUGUCCUUUAGUAUCUCUGUCAUCUACUAGAAUAUUAUAUUGUAUCUUAUAAUAAACAAAUAAUUUCAU